AUGGUGCUUGGCUAUAGCUAUUUGGUAAAUAUAGUGGUGUGUCACAUACACAUAGGAUGGUUAACUCGCGUUUUGCUGCACAGUUGCGCUAAUCAUCGCGUGUACCGUUUCAGCAGUAAGUCAGCAGUGUCGGGCACAUCGUCGUCGGAGGACGACUCCACCACGAUGGACGAUAGCAACACCACGUUCGCGGGACCGUCCGCCCGUUCCUCCUAUCCGACAGCCAGCACACCCGCCCAGGACUCGACGGCGAACAGCUCGGGCAGCAUCGUCGAGGAGAACGCGGUGCUGCUGGAGGAAAACCGUAAGCUCACCCGCAGCCUGCUCGAGCUGCAAGUGGAAACGGAGCGGCUGAAGCAGCAGCAGAACCUCCUGUCCGGGCUGGGCCGGCGCCGGGACAGUCUGAGCAGGCUGAGCUCGACCAGCCAGCCGCUCGGCAGCAUGAGACAGAACAGUCCCGCCCCAUCGUACCGGUCGACGGGAAACUACACCUCCGGCAUCGUCGCAGACGUGGUGCGGGAGAUACGCGACAUCUGCCGGGUGCGGGAGGACGCCACGUUCGAGCGGUUGCGCAACCUGCAGGAAAACCACAUGUGGUCGAUCAACGACACGCUGCAACGCCUCGCCAAGGACGUCGACACGAUGCAGAAGUCGGUCAGUGCGGCCCGGCACGACCUGGAGAAGCUGACCAGUCGGGUGCUGCAGCUGGAGAGUAUCGUGCUGCCGCAGGCGGCCGUCUGUCUGGCGGCCGGCGCCCAGCACAACCACCCGCUGCCACUCGCGCUGAUGCCCCUGUUCGGGGGCAACGUGCAGCAGGCCCUGCUGCUGCAGCAGCUCCAGCAGCAGACAAAUGCGAACCAGCAGCAGCAGCAACAGCAACAUUCCCCCCAGACGGUACCCGUCAGCUCCGGCCAGCAGUUUCACGCGUUUGGCAUGAGCGAACGGGGGCCGGCGGGCAGUGCCGGUGGCGCGUCGAUCGGCAGCCAGAGCGUAAGCAGCAACGGCGUGGGCAAGCCGGGCAACGGGGGGCUGCCCUCGAUGCUGCGGCUCAACUACGGUCGGAUCGCCACCACCGAGGACCUGUUCGGUGGCGACUCGGUUACGGUCGAGCUGGGCAAUGGCAACAACACGAGCGGCGUCGGUGGCGGCAGCAGCAGCAACAGCACAGUCGCCUCCGUCCACGAGUCUUCCUCGCGCGUGCUGCUGCUGGAGAAGGGCGAGGUGGAGCUGCGACGGGACCUGCAGGACGCAAUUGCGGCCAAGAACGAACAGUCGAAAAAGAUUGCUUACCUGCAGAAGGUAGUGAUGGCGCUGCAGAAAAAGGUCGACCUGCAGGGGACGGACACGCCGAGUCUGGGCGGCAACGGUAGCAGCAGCAGCGGUAACGCCACCAGCAACAACGGCAGCAGCAGCGGCGGCGGCAUUGGCGUGAUCGGCCCGGUCACCGACUUGUAGAUACUGUGCCAUACAUUUACAUCCUCCUCCCCCCCUUUCCCGUGCAUAUUUAUAACCUCAUAGAUCCUCAGCGUCCUAGGGCCAAACAGGUUGUGGGUUUACGACCCGCCAGCAGCUGAAACAGAGGCCCUGAAAGCAACACGAAGGUUCACAUUAAAUACUGGCCCGGCAAACAGGACGCCACAGAGCGAAACUUCUCACGCAGUACCAGUCAGGUUAGGUUUGCAUGACCCCCGCAAGGGCCCCAUGGAGGAGGAGGAGUGAGCGAACCACCAAUUUCCAAUCUCUGUCGGGAGGAGAGCAGUAGGCCUGUGCGCCUCAAACUGCAACACGAGAACAGAAUCAGAAUAUUCCACGAAUUAAUAAGUUAACACUCUUACGGGUAAACAAGAGACACGAGCAAAAGAAAAAACAACAAUUCGCGGGUGCCGCACGGCGGGUACUUAAGCGCGGAACCGAAUCAGACAACUAUUUAAGAGGAAAGGCGCACUGUUUUAGAUAGAAUUUACAAUGCAAACCGGCAACGAUGUUUAUACCAUUUGCGCAAUUUUCGCUUUUGUGCGCCGGGUUUGUUUACAAACCGCGAGCCCUCACUCG